UUUUUCAAUUAUAAGUUUCGGAAAAAUUGAUUAGAGACGUCGUUUGCUUCUAUUCGCCCGAUCGCAUUCUCUCUCUCUUUCGCAGCUAGUCCCACAGCGACGCCACCACAGCUAUCACCGCCGGCGCCGCCGUUGCAGUGGGUUACCGUCGUCAGGAUUGGCCGUUCAUCUUGCCGUGUAGGAGCUGCCGUGAGGGACCUCUCAUAGCUCCAUUACCGAUUGUGCUGGAGAGAGGAGAUAAGCAGCUAAUUUUGCUGGAGAGACUGAGAGAACAAUAUCAAGCAGGCAUAUGGGCUAAAGGUGCACAUCUUGUGUAGGUUGCCCCACUUGAGGCUACCUCAGGCCUUGGCACUUCACUUGUCAUGGAGAGUUCUGAUGAUGAGAAGGAUGCAGUCUUUCAGAAUCAUAUACCAAAAGAACUUGGUCAUAGUUUAACACCUAAUGGUACAAAAUUUGUGGAUGAAGUACUCAAUGGCCAAAAUGAGCGGUGUUUGGAGAAUUUUCGUAUGGAUAAGCAUGUUUUCUACAAGUUAUGUGAUAUUUUGCAAGCCAAAGGACUAUUACGUCACACAAAUCGAAUAAAGAUUGAGGAACAGUUGGCAAUAUUCUUGUUCAUAAUAGGCCAUAAUCUGCGAACUCGAGCUGUGCAAGAGCUAUUUCGAUAUUCAGGAGAAACAAUUAGUCGCCAUUUCAACAAUGUUCUAAAUGCAAUCAUGGCCAUAUCAUUGGAUUUCUUUCAGCCUCCUGGUUCAGAUAUUCCACCAGAAGUUCUAAGGGACCCCAGAUUCUAUCCAUACUUUAAGGAUUGUGCAGGAGCAGUUGAUGGCAUACACAUUCCAGUGAUGGUGGGUGUUGAUGAGCAAGGACCUUUUCGUAAUAAAAAUGGAUUUCUUUCACAAAAUGUUCUGGCAGCUUGCUCAUUUGACCUGAAGUUUCAUUAUGUUCUAGCUGGCUGGGAAGGUUCAGCUGCAGAUUUGCGAGUUUUAAAUUCUGCACUCACAAGACGUAACAAAUUGCAGGUCCCUGAAGGUAAAUACUACCUUGUAAGUAGCAAGUAUGCAAAUAUCCCAGGCUUCAUUGCCCCAUAUCACGGUGUAUCCCUAUCCCAGUACUUGAAUGAAUUUGGUGGUGGUCUUCAUCCCCAAGAUGCUAAAGAGCUUUUUAAUCAUCGGCAUUCGGUGUUACAGAGUGCCACAGAUCGGACUUUCGGAGCUUUAAAGGCUCGCUUCCCUAUUUUGAUGUCAGCUCCUCCAUACCCAUUGCAAACGCAGGUGAAGUUGGUUGUGGCAGCAUGUGCCAUACACAAUUACAUCCGUAGAGAGAAACCAGAUGAUUGGCUUUUCAAACUGUAUGAACAGGAACAGGAAACUCUUGCAGAUAUGGAAGAGUCGUUGCAACCAUUGGAUGCACAACAGCUGAUGAUGCAUGCUGAGAACCAAGCUCUUGACAUGGCUUUUGAAGUGGAACAGCUUGAAGCUUCUUCACGGCUGCGGGACUCUAUUGCAGCUGAGAUGUGGGAUGAUUAUAUUCGUGAUUUUCCGAUCAUGUAAAGGUUUUGUUUUUGAAAUUUUGGCUGUGCGCGCUGCACUUUUGUUAAUACGAAGGUGUAUAUCAUUAUUUUUUUUUUUUACAAAUAUUUGAUGAAGUUGUACUUUGAAACUAUAAUGUAGGAGGGCAAUGAAGUAAGAUAAGAACUACAGUUCUGUACA